ACUGAGUUAGAGGUGAUGGGGUAUCAGAGGAGCAUGUGGCGCAGUCUGGCCGGAGGAGGAGGAGGAGGAGGAGGAGGUGUUGCUGUGGUGAGGUGCUCAUGUUCAGAGGAGGAGGUGAACAUCUCCUUCAGGAGCGUUGGGGAGGAGCGGCGGCUCAGACGAGCGUUCGUCCGCCGCUGGUUCGACUCCUCCCGCCUGUCCACCGCCUCCAUCAGCAGUAAUGAGCGCGCUCCGUCGGCCACGCCCUCCGACUCCUCCUCUUCCGACCGCCGCCCGGUGAGCCUGAUCUCCACGCUGUCCUCGGGCUCCGGGGACGACAACCUCGCCCCCCCGCCGUCCACCCAGACCUCCGACAUCCACCUGGACCUGAGCCCUGGGGGGGGCUCUGCAGAGGGCCAGGGGGCGUGGCCAGGACCCGACGAGGCGGGGCGGAGCGUCAAUCGCACAAACAACAACAACAAACCGUCCACGCCGAGCCGGUUCUCCAGCCGCCGCCAGCAGGUGUCGCCGUUCAUAGCCAAAACCAUGGCGCCGAACCCCCAGCUGACCUACCUGGACCGGGUCGUCAUGGAGAUCAUCGAGACGGAGCGGAUGUACGUCAGAGACCUGCGCAUGAUCGUAGAGGACUACCUGGCCCACAUCAUCGAUCAGUGUGACCUGUCCAUCCGUCCCGAGCAGGUCUGCGCUCUCUUUGGAAACAUCGAGGACAUCUACGAGUUCAACAGCGAGCUGCUUCAGGCUCUCGACCUGUGUGACAACGACCCCGUCGCCAUCGCCCGGUGCUUCGUCAUGAAGAGCGAGUACUUUGAGAUCUACACGCAGUACUGCACCAACUACCCAAAUUCGGUGGCGGCGCUGACCGAGUGCAUGAGGAAUAAAACUCUGGCUACGUUUUUCCGGGAGCGGCAGGCGUCGUUGAAGCGGUCGCUGCCUCUGGGUUCAUACCUGCUCAAACCCGUCCAGAGGAUCCUCAAGUACCACUUGCUGCUCCAGGAGAUAGCGAAGCACUUUGACCCGAUGGAGGAGGGCUAUGAGGUGGUAGAGGAGGCGAUCUACACCAUGACGGGCGUGGCCUGGUACAUCAACGACAUGAAGAGGAAACACGAGCACGCCGUCAGACUGCAGGAGAUUCAGUCUUUGCUGCUGAACUGGAAAGGUCCAGACCUCACCACGUACGGAGAACUGGUUCUAGAGGGAACCUUCAAAGUCCAUCGGGCCAAAAACGAGAGAACGCUCUUCCUGUUCGACCGCAUGCUGUUGAUCACCAAACGCCGCGGAGAACACUUCGUCUACAAGACGUACAUCACUUGCGCCACCCUCAUGCUGAUUGAAAGCGCCAAAGACUCUCUGAGCUUCAGCGUGACUCAUUACAAACAUCCCAAACAGCCUCACACCGUCCAGGCGAAGACGGUGGAGGAGAAGAAGCUGUGGGCUCAUCACAUCAAACGCAUCAUUCUGGAAAACCACCACGCCAUCAUCCCACAGAAGGCUAAAGAGGCCAUCUUGGAAAUGAACUCCAUAUACCCUCCAAGGUACCGUUACAGCCCUGAGCGGCUGAAGAAAGCUCUGUCUCAGUCUGAUGAGAUUCCACGAGACGGUUGUCAGGGACGACAACAGUCGGAGCCGACCAAACAAGUACUGAAGAACACCAAAGCCGUCAUAAAGGAGGCCGAGGGAGACGACGUCUCUUCUAAUGGCUGUAACAAAGAAAAUGGCCGACUUCCUGAAGAAGACGAGCCGGGUGGACUUCAGCCGACGUGUGAGCAGCCCCCCACAGAUGAGCUUCCACAGGAGAAGACGUCAGAGUCUGAACCAAUAGAAAACCCUGAACCAGAACCAAAACCAUCGGAUCCGGACAGUUUGUCUGCUACAUCUCAGAGGAUCCCAGUAUCCCCUCAAAGUUCAGAAGACCUGAAACUGGAAAGAGAUUCAGAGCCCACAGAACAACCGUGCUCCUCCACACCUGAUUCAGAUUCAAAAACCCUGAGUAGUGGGGAAUCGUCGGAGGACGAGGAGGGGGCAGCGGAGAAAGAAGGCGAAACCUCCAGCAUCCUUCCCUCCUCUGUCCUGGACAAAGCCAGCGCCAUCGCUCAGCAUUUCAGCAACAGCAUCAGGCGAGGCAGCCUGGUCCAGGACGACGCUCGCUCCCUUGGUUGUGCUUCACCACGGCUACCCAGCAGGACCGGCAGCAGCCUCAGCCUCAGCGCCGAACCAUCCAAUCACCCUUUACGGCAAAACAGUGUCUGUUCUGAUUCUGCUGAGACCUUCGGGGGGACAGACUUGACCCUGCUGUCUCCUCGGGACGACAGCCUUUUCGAUGCCGACCGCGGCAUUCGUUGGAGGCGGGACUCCACCCUGUCUAGGCAGGACCAGCUGCUCAUUGGCAAAAUCAAGAGUUAUUAUGAGAAUGCAGAGAACCGUGACGCCACCUUCAGCCUCCAGCGCAGAGAGAGCCUGACCUACAUCCCGACUGGGCUGGUCAGGAGCUCCGUCAGCCGGUUCAACAGCAUCCCGAAGGAUGAUUCUGUCCAGAAAAAUCCCUCCACCUUGGGCUCAUCCUCCAGUUUUGACCCCUCUUCGGCAGAGUCUGCUUUAUCCACAGAUACGUGGGGUCACAUGGUCUUUAGUGACUCUUUGGACUCUCUGAAGUCUGAUCAGAGAAGCACAGAUCCAGAAGAUUCAGCAGAAAUCCAAAGGUCCAGAUCUCAAAGCAUGCAGGACAAUUUUUCCGAGGACGAAGAGUUCAGACCUUCAUCUGAAAUGAUCAAAAUCUGGCAGUCGAUGGAGCAAGAGAUCAACAGAUCCCAAAGCGAAGACCGACGCCGUGAACGGAGUCGAGAAGCUCCAAGAAACUCCAGAGCGACAGACGCGGCGGAGACCCCACACAAGAGCUGUGACCGAGAGAGUGGGGCGUCUGACCUCAGCACCAUCACAGAGGAAUCCACGAGCCCUUCGCCCCUCAAGCACAAAGCCUCCGAUGUGACUCGGACAGGAAGUCUGAAGGACGCACUGAAGGUGUUCAGGGAAGAGCCCGUCGUCUUCAGGGCUCCGGUUCCUCGCAUCGCCCAGCUGAAGGCGGAGGCAGAGGGGGAAAAGCCCGGUGAGGAUUCAAACCAGCUGGAGGACGCAGACAAGACCAAAAGCAAAGUCCUCAAUCUGGCCCGCCAAUACAGCCAACGAAUCAAAACAACCAAACCAGUGGUCCGACAGCGAAGUCAGGGCCUCCUGAUGGGCAAGUUCUUACCCUCUGUGGUGGAGGAGAAGGAGAGUGCAGGUAAAUCCAACCUGACUCUGCCACUGGUUCCUCACAACCAGGCGACCUCUCUACCGGUGAGCCCUGUAGACCAGAUCCCAUCUCCGACCCCUGGCCUCACCUGCAGCUCGGUGGGCAGCUCGGGUGUGGUCUCCCCGCCCCAGGCUCGCUCCCGCAGCCUGGUAAAUUCCCUUCGGUCCUCCUCCAUCGAGGGCUUCAGCUGGCCCGACGUCCGAGAACUCCGCUCCAAAUACUCCGACCACGGUCUCUCCCAGAAGAGUUCUGUCGGCCGGAGUCGCUCUGUCCAGGAGCAGAUGUUUGACGGAGGUCUGAGGAGGCACUCCAGCUGCUCCUCUGGCCUCCUCGCUGACGGAGCUCCUGGCAGUUCUUCGUUCAAACUUUCCAGCAGCCGUGAGUCCAGCAGAGAAGAACGCAGAAAGCGGCUUCACAGAGCCAAUUCUCUGGACCCUCGGCUGAGCGGAGCCCAAAUGACUGAGCUGCAGAACCUCCAGGACCAGGUCGCCAAUGGCAACUACGACGGUUACUACGUUGCAGCCGAAGCGCCGCUAACAAAUGACCCCGAACACAAGAUCAUCGUCUUUGAGAAGCUUUCUGAGUCUGCAGAAACGACCAAAGAAUCCAAAGAAGGCGACGACGAAAAGUACGUUCAGAUCCGUUCACCCACCAGCAGGGAGAAGAUCUCCAUCAUGGCCGUCAUCGACCGCUGCCGGGUCUACCAGGAGUCUGACGAAUACAAACAGAGGGAGGACUCCAAAACUGAGUCCACGAGGCCUCCAGAGCUCGACUCCACCACGGCGUCCGAUCAGGACGACGAGUCCCAGAAAACGAGCUCCGGACAGAAGACUGAGGCCGGUCAGCAGAGCAUCGUGAAAAAUCUGAGAGAGAAGUUCCAGAGCAUGAGCUGAACAAACAGAACCAGAAAAAACUUCAUAUCAAAACUCUGAAUUAAUGAAGAUUUAUAAAUCAUAUGAGCUAAAAUGUUGAACUCUGUACGCAGUGACCAUCCGUUGGUCACCCUGUCAGAGUUUUCCCAACCCAUUCACAGCCAGAGACGACUUCUGCUUUACUUCCUGUGAUUAUGGAAGAAUCAUGAUGGAAAACAUAAACAACAUAAUUACAUGUACAUAUAUAAUGAUUAUUGUGAUUUAAAGAACUCAAGCAUUUGAAAGAGAAAAUAUCUUUUGUGACUAGAACAGCUUAAAGAUCCAAAAACCACUUUCCCCUGAUUACAAGAUCUUUUCCCUCUCUGGCAUUCUGUAGAUAAAUAUCUAGAAAUAUGUACAUUUCUUUAUACAUUCCUCAAGUAAAAAAAUAUCAGAAUAUUUGUUCAAAGCACCUUUUUGUACAGGACGUUGUUGUGUUGCACAGGUUCAGUUCAUGUUCAGAUGAUCUUAGGAAGGCGUCACUGCACUGAGGGAUCCGUCUUGUUACAGACUUCUUCCCUCUGCAGAGACUUUAAUGUUCCACUGUUAGAUUAAAUCUGUGUGGAAUUCUGCAACAAGCGGACUAACCACUGAACUUUACCUCUCAGAGGUCCCUUUGUUCAGUCACAGUAACACCUCGCAGAUGAUUUUUAAAGGAUUAAAGGAACAGUCCAACAUUUUAUAAACCCUCUUGUUCUGUUUUCUCUGAGUCAGAAAUAGCUCCAGGACGUGUUUAGCCUAGCUUAGCACAAAGACUGAUACCUGGGUCAAGCUUCUAGCCUAGCACCCCAUCGAAAGUGAACAAAUCCACCUUCCCAGAACUCUGAGGUGAUUUACAUGUUAUGUGUUGAGCUGGUGUACAAACAGAAAUGUAAAGUGGCCUCAUCCAGGAAUGGCGUCCGACUCUUCUGUCCACUUUCCAGUUUGGACGUUCACAACAGUUAGAAACACCUCUGACCUCAGACGUCGUCAGACGACCGACCGUACAGACCGGUUAUUUUGAUUCGAUUAAUCGAAUUGUCAAAUCUCUGGUGGAUCCAGCAGGUGGAACGAGCGAUUUACAACAAGUGUGUGAGGUGAAGAGAGUUUGGUUAAUCGGACUUAAAACGGCUGAUGGGGAAGAAAAGAUUUGAAAAGGAAAAACAAAAUGGUUCUUUAAAGAAGGCCCAGCAUGGUUUCAGCAUGAGAUAUUUGUCCUGUCUCCAGCUGACACUCAGUGGACUCGUCACUGGCUUCUUAGCUACAACAUCAGGCUUCCAAAAUGUCGGACUGUUCCUUUAAUCUGCAGCCGUUUCUGUGUCUGAUAUCUCAUUUUCUUCUGGUUUCAUGAAAAUCUUAAUUGAGAUAACUUGACUGUAAAGACAUUAACAUGUGUCUCAGCGAUAACAGUGUCCAACGUCUCACACUGAACAUUUACAGUGCAGCCAGUCAGACAGAUGUAUGGAGGACCAACCUGCUUUAGGAGAAAAAUAAAUUAUCUGGCAAAUUAAUAAAUUCAUUUUUUUAAAUGAGAGAAUAAAAUAGCUGUGGAUUUAUUUUCCCUGAGCAGAAUUAAUUAACGGUUUAACCCUCAUAAUGAUUUUAUUUAUAUACACAUUAAUUGAUUUAUUUGUCUUUUUGUGCCUUUUUCUAAUUUGUGUCAAGCUUAAAUAAAAACUGUAUUGACUUAUUUUUUUCCAGGAAAGUCAGGGAUUGUCCUCCAUACACGCUAGAAAUGUGAUGUUUUCUAGAGCAGAUUUUAAUAAAUGAAUUUUAUUUGCUCGGUGGCACAAUGGCAGAUCCGGGACUUGAACCUGUGACAUUUCUUUAACCACUGGCCCACCCUGCACCUCAUGUUCUUCACUCAGUCGACCACUGUUAACAGCGGGGCUCGUACCUGUCCUGUACCUCCUAUUUAUUGAUUUGAUGUAAAUAGAAACCAAAAUACUGUCUGUGUUUCUGUAACUGUGAUUAUAUCUGUGUUUUAUGUACAAACAUGUUUCUGUGACCUCAGUUUGUUCUUCAUUAAACCAAAUGUACAGGAUCAGCA